GCCUCUGGAUGAAAUGACAUAUGACUAUUUUAGUAUUAGAACUAGCAAUCGGGGAGCUUAGGCCUGCGGGGCCCCGAAACCAUCGUGUACAUCUCCGACCCCUCUGUACGGUCCGAUCACUUAGAAUCUGGCUUGUUGGAAGCGGUAGCGGUGUGUAGGUAUGGGAGGACUGCUACCUAUUGGGUUGGGGGGGGAAUAUGUGAAUAGUAUACUGAUGACGAUCUUUGAUUUACAUAUAAGACGUAUGAAUAUCCAGAUCGCCGAGAAGUUCUCGUUGGCAUGUUGAUGACAAAUCCAACUUCCCUUUCUUAGCGUGGCGGCUGGGCACUGGCUUCGGCACUUCCCGAAACGUCCGGAUGCUAUGUAUGUAAGCAUUCAUGUACUGGGUGAUUGAUAUAGACUUGACUAUAAGUAUAAGAGUUCUGAAGGUGCUACCAAUCGUUAUCAUAUGAUCACAUGAGUCCAGAAUCCCAGAAUCCUUCACCAUGGUUGACACCGUAAACAUCACGACUCAUGAUGUCGUCUACGCCGGCGGCGACAAGAAAAUUCACUACCUAGCCGCUGGUCCUACUACUGGCCCGUUGAUCCUCUUCAUCCACGGCUGGCCGGGAACCGGGAUCACUUGGAAGUAUCAACUGGAAGCCUUCGCAGGCAUCGGCUUCCGCGCUAUUGCCCCCGAUAUGCCCGGUUACGGCAAGUCGACAGCUCGCCGUAUUGUUGACGACUACUGUCAAGAAGCUAUUGUCGAGGGCAUGGUGGCCCUCCUUGGAGACACAGGCCGAGACGCUGCUGUCUGGGUUGGCCACGACUGGGGUGCGGGUGUGACCUCGUCGGUCGCGACUCAGCAUCCGGAGAUUGUGAAAGCUCUUGUUAACUUCUGUGUUCCCUUCCACACGAUAGAAUUGGGCUGGGACGGAUUCUUCCCGCUUAUCAACCGGGAGAUAUAUCCCGCAGACAAGUACGAAUUCGGGCAGUGGGAUUACAUGAAACACUACGAAGAGAACUUCGAGCAGGCUGUCCAGUGGUUCGAACAAGACACUGCUGGUUUCUGCAAAAUUCUUGUACAACGAUCUUCUGAGCCAAAGAGUCGCUUUUCCUCGGUAUCAGCAACAGCACGAAAGGAUGGCGGUUGGAUGGGCUUGCCGAAACCUCCGCCAGUCGAGGCAGCGGGGCCGCCAAUUCUCCCUCCGGACGUUUAUGAAUCAUUCGUUGCGGAUAUGCAAAAAACGGGAUUUUGGCCGGGCUCAGGAUAUUACAUGCACCACAAGCGAAACGCUGAGUACAAUGGGAAAGCUGCGAGCGGUGGUAAACUCACGCAGCCUGUGCUGUUUGUUCACGCUACCCGAGACCUCGUAUGUGACACGAAGACGUCGCGCCUUGCAGAGCCGAUGAGACAGGUUUGUAGCAACCUGACUGAGGUCACUAUGGCGACGGGUCAUUUCCCCCACUUCGAGCAGCCCGGAGAGGUGAAUGCGGCUAUAUUUAGAUUCAUCUUAGAAGAACUUCCCAGCGAGUGGCCAGGCUUCUGGGACUCGGGGUACACCAAGAAGAAGGCUCGCAUUUGAGUCUGCUUGUUGAAGCCUGAAGUAUACUGCCAUAUGAAAUAGACGACCUAGUUCAACUCUGAGGUGAUGCAGUUCCCUAUCAGUAAACUUCCUUUCUUCCAUUUUAGUCAUGUAUAAGUAAUCACGUACGUCAAUCCCGUCAUCGCCUAACAAAAUACCAAACCAAUUAGGUUCUUGAACGAGCAGAGCGAAAGCUGAAACGCCUUCAGUUAUACCAAC